AUGGCAAGCAUUCAGUGGGUGCAGCAACCACUUCCAAAUUGGGUACCCGAGAUGGUCGACAACGUGAUGGUGGCAGACGUAGCAGAGAGCCCAAGCGUACUGGCACUCCGACAAAAGCCACCGGUCUCCCGUCAAAGCUCUGCUCCAUCCCUGUCUCCAGCAAGCGAAGAUUCCACCCUCACCGUGUCACCGCAGAGCACGAUCACCGCCCUCAGCAAUGGCCAGUUCCUGCAGAAGCCAAUGGGCAUGCACGGCGGAACCACCUUCUGGAGCGUCCCACCCGCCCAUAAGUACACUGCAGAACAAGCCAAGGACAUGCCAGCAGCAGCUCGACUCCACGCUCUGUCGAUCCACCGCAUCGAAAAGCAUUGGCGCGGAGUUGAUGUUGCAACGUGCUGUUUGCCUCCUGAGCUGGAGAAGAAGACGCCAUACUCACUCGCAAUGCUCACUCGUCUCGACAAGCUCGCGUAUCUCACCGCAAAGAAACACGAUGAAGCUCUUCGCCUGAUGCGGUACGCCCACAAGACGCGUCGAGCUGUUGAGGAAGCUAGUGUACCUAAGCCCCAUUCGAGAGUCUCGACCAUGCCGAAGGAUAUCUGGAAACAAUGCAAGGUCCAUGCUGUGGAGCCUACGGUCUGGGAGAACCGUGAGGGUCUGCUUUUGCAAGAUAUCGACCAAGCCAUUGCGAUCAUUCUAGCUGAGAACAAGAAGGAGAGGAAUCAGAAGCAAUUCCUUGUCCCAGAGGGACAGACGAAGAGAGAAGUGAAGAAGCGCGUGAUGAAGGAGCGAAGGAACGAGAAGAGGGAGGUGGAGAAGGUCAUCCGGACCGUAGUAGGAUCGAAGGUACUAGGGGCUUCUAAGCUUCCGAUCGAUGGGCAUGAAGGAAACGAGAAACAGCAGAAUGAAUACAAGGAGGUCGAGAAGAUGCUUGGCAGGGGUCUGAGGAAGGGUGAGCGGAAGCAGGUGGGCAGAACGAGGAGAAAGAUCGCUGCAUCUACGGCUGAGAAGAACGGACUCAAGUACAGCUUGGCUUGGUCUGGUCCGAGCGGCAGCAUCUCCGUGGUGCAGGGACUUGAAGCAGCCGGUGAAGGUGAAAAUGGAAAAGCUCAGGAGAAGACCACGAAGCAGGCAGAGAAGAAACCGGGAUUGAGCGAGGAGGGCUUGAAGUUCAUACAGGAAAACAACUACAUCGAUAAGUUGUCUUUGGAGGAUUUGAUAGUGCAGAAGGCACUUUCCACCGCCAAACCUGCUGGAGAAACCAUGGAUCUCGACGCGGGAUCUGCUCAGGAUACCUCAGCGGGCUCCACUGAGCACAGCAAGACUGGGACCGAGACUGGAGCAGGCAAGGGCAUCGAGCAAUCGCUGAGCAGUGCUAUGCGUGAACACAGCAUCUCUCAGAGCAAGGGUUCCGAACUGAGAAGCGACAACGAGAUGCAGCUGUAA